CCUUCAAAUCCGCGGGGAAGCAACUCGGCAAUGGACCAAGAUGGCGGCGCCCAGUGAGGGGCAAGCGUUUGCCGCGGGCGUUGAAAAGAAUUGGGGUGCGGUUGUUCGCUCCCCAGAGGGGACUCCCCAAAAAGUCCGGCAGCUGAUAGAUGAGGGGAUUGCCCCGGAGGAGGGAGGCGCGGAAGCGAAGGACACAUCUGCCACAUUCCAGUCAGUUAAUGGGUCGCCCCAAGCAGAACAGCCGCCAUUGGAAUCUACAAGCAAAGAAGCCUUCUUUAGCAGAGUGGAAACAUUUUCUUCUCUGAAAUGGGCAGGUAAGCCCUCCGAGCUGUCUCCACUUGUCUGUGCAAAAUACGGCUGGGUCACAGUUGAAUGUGAUAUGCUCAAGUGCUCCAGCUGCCAGGCUUUUCUCUGUGCCAGUUUACAACCAGCUUUUGAUUUUGACCGAUAUAAGGACCGAUGUGCUGAGCUGAAGAAAGCCUUGUGCACCGCCCACGAGAAGUUCUGUUUCUGGCCAGACAGCCCCUCCCCAGAUCGAUUUGGAAUGUUGCCAUUGGAUGAACCUGCUGUUCUUGUUAGUGAAUUCCUAGAUCGUUUUCAAAGCCUUUGUCACUUGGACCUCCAGCUUCCUUCCCUGAGGCCAGAGGACUUGAAAACUAUGUGCUUGACAGAAGACAAGAUCAGUCUUCUUCUGCACCUGCUUGAAGAUGAACUUGAUCACCGAACUGAUGAGAGAAAAACUGCAAGCAAAUUAGGCUCAGACAUCCAAGUCCACGUCACUGCCUGUGUUCUCUCUCUGUGUGGCUGGGCGUGCAGUUCUUCUUUGGAACCCAUGCAGCUCUCCCUGAUAACCUGUUCACAGUGUAUGAGGAAAGUGGGGCUCUGGGGCUUCCAGCAGAUUGAGUCAUCCCUGACGGACCUGGAUGCAUCCUUUGGCCUGACCAGCUCCCCCAUCCCAGGCGCUGAGGGGAAGCCAGAGCGCUUCCCUCUUGUGCCUGAGUCUCCUCGGAGGAUGAUGACCCGGAGCCAGGAUGCUACAUGUUCCCCUGGCUCAGAGCAGGCUGAAAGGAGCCCAGGUCCCAUUGUCUCCCGAACUCGGAGCUGGGACUCUUCCAGUCCCGUUGACCGUUCUGAGCCAGAGGCUGCUAGCCCCACGACCAGAACUCGGCCCGUGACCCGCAGUAUGGGGACAGGAGACGGCACUGGCCUGGAGGUGCCGUCUAGCCCUCUCCGGAGAGCCAAACGAGCUCGCCUCUGCUCUUCCAGCAGCUCGGACACAUCUUCCCGAAGCUUCUUUGACCCUGCCUCUCAGCAUAGAGACUGGUGCUCUUGGGUAAAUGUCCCACUUGGCAAGGAAGCCGGGGAGCAUGGUGGAACGGAGGUAGACACCAGGGGCCCCGCAGAGCCAGGCUGGAAGGCCGUGCUGAACAUCCUCUUGGCCCACAAGCAGUCCAGCCAGCCGGCCGAAACAGACCACACGGCUUGGGCUGCGAUGGGAGAAGAGGUGGCCAGAGAGCGCAAGACAGUGGGUAGGAAGAAGAGAGAAAUGGAGAGAAUGGAUGUUUACUGAGGAGCCGGAGAAGGAGAAAACUUAAGAUUCGAAUUUUUCCAUAAUAAAAGGAAAAAAGAAAGAAAAGAAGAGAAAAAAGAAAAAUGAAAAGGAAAGGAAAGAAAGAAUUAUGGUAUAUGAGCCUGGAACCCCAGGAAGAGGCUGGGUUCGAGGUAUAAACUUGGAGGCGGUCUGAGUACACUUGGGGUUAAAGUCAUGGGCCUGGACGAAGACCAACGUCCCCUGAGAGAAUCAAAGAACUAAUCUCUGGGAACCCUGAUAUUUAAAAGCCAAGAAGAUGAGAGGUAGAGGGAUAUAGGACAUGAAAGGAUGUGUCCUGAAAGACAGGUGAUGAAGCAUUUUUAAGGAGGGGAUGAUCAACGGCGUCCUUUGACUAAGAUGAGGGCUGGGGAUUGACAGUGACCUUGGUAAGCUGGUGGCUGUGAUUUCAGUGCAGUAGUGGGAGCAAAGUCUGGAUCGGAUGGGGGUGAAGAGACCAAUGGGUGUGUGUGUGUGUGUGAAAUGAAGAAGACAGACACAGAUAACACCAUUGAUGGGCUUCUGCUCUGAAGAGAAUGGGAGUGGUAGGUAGGAGAGCACUUUGCUUGUUUGUGUUGCAAGAGAAAAGAUAUUACUGGGUGUCUUUAUGCUGAUGGGAAUGAUGGGGGGCGGGGGGGCAAACAUGAUGAGCAGUGCUGAUAGGAGAGAGAGGGUUAAUUGCAGGGGCAACGUAAGUAGGGAAGAGUAUCCAGGCAGAGAAGAGCCAGAGAGGGAGACAGUCUCUCUCCCUUCGCACAGCUCAUGUCUGUGUAUGAGCCCGGGAUCACCAGGGCCCUUUGCAGCCAGUCUGAGCAUGAAGUCUGUGCUAAACAUGAUGGAAUGAAUAGACAGAAAGAACCUAAAUUUUCUGACACUGUGGGGUCGCUGGACCACUAACCUACUGUAGCCUGUCCUGCCCCUGGACUUGCUCUUACGGGAGAUAAUAAACUCUCUCAUUGUGUAAGCCUGUUCAAGUCAGGCAGUGGUAGUUGCUUUUAACUUAAUUGUUAAAUAAUUUUACUUUCAGAAAUUUUCAAGAAUAGUAAAGAAAACACACGUAAACUUUACCUAGAGUCCCCAGCUUCUAACACUUUGCCAUGUUUGUUUUCUUUUAAUCUUUUUUAAAAAGAUUUGUUUAUUUAUUUGAGAGAGACAGAGGAAGAGAGAGCAAAAGUGGGGUGGGUAGAGGGAGAAGGAGAGAGAAUCUCAAGCAGACUCCCUGCUGAGUGUGGAGCCCAACCCGGCGCUCAGUCUCAUGACCCUGAGAUCAUGACCGGAGCUGAAACCAAGAGUGGGAUGCUUAACCUACUGAGCCACCCAGGUGUCCCUGCUGCUUUUGUUUUCUAAUCUUCCCUUUAUACACACAAAACCUUUUUUUUUCCUGAUCCAUUGAGAGUAGACUACAUGUCUCAUGUCCCUUUAUUAUCUAUACUCCUUCAGUGCAUUUCUUAAGAACAAGGAUAGCCUCUUACGCAAUCACUGUCCAGUUAUCAAAUCCAGGAGAGUAUACUGAUACAAUAAUUUUAUUUAAUUCACAGUCCAUAUUCUAAUUUUGUCCACAGUCUCAAUGCUAUUUGUUUUUCCCAGCACAGGAUCUAAUCCAGAAUGACAUAUUACAUUUCAUUGCCAUCACUAUUCAGUCUCCUUUAAUCUGUAACCAUUUCUCAGCCUUUUGGUAUUUUUUUGUUUUUUUGUUUUUUUAAGAUCUUUAUUUAUUUAUUUGACAGACAGAGACACAGCGAGAGAGGGAACACAAGCAGGGGGAGCAGGAGAGGGA